AGUUUCAGAGAUAAUGGGUCGUCUUAAGGGUAUUCCAGAUAUAAUAAGCCCUGAUCUUCUUCAUGCACUUAGUAGUAUGGGACAUGGAGACUUAUUGGUUUUAGCUGACGCCAACUUUCCGGUCAGUUCUGUUUGUGCUGCUGGUCGGGCGAAAGAGAUUAGAGCUGAUGGACACACUAUCCCGGACCUACUGACCGCUGUCUGCAAGCUCGUUCCCUUGGACACCUACGUUUACGCCCCCGUUAUCCUCAUGGACCUUGUCAACAUGGACAAGAACCAGGGAAUGGAGAAGCCUCCAGUUUGGGAGGUUUAUCAAAGUAUCUUAGACCACUCCGAGGGAACACCAGUAAAAACCAGAUUUCUUGAAAGAAUGGAGUUCUACGAGGAAGCCAAGAGUGCAUAUGCUGUUGUUGCUACUGGAGAGACAGCUCUGUAUGGAAAUAUCAUCAUCAAGAAGGGGAUUAUUCCGCCGGAAGCUUAAUUCAAUCCUAACUUUAUACAAGCCACAUCAUCAGCUCAUCAGCUACAUUCUUAAAAGUACUGUCAACGCAUUUCAAGUGAACCUUCAUUCGAAGAGUUUCAUGCUCGAUUUACAUCGGUACUCUAAAACCUUUGUCUGAGGAACAACGAGGAAGAUAUUGUCGUUUUUCUAAUAGACAAAUCCAUCUUUUUUAAAAUCAGAUGAAGGUUUAAAAGGUAACAUCGUAACUCUGGUAUGAAAUUCUUUACUGGCGGUGAAAUUCAAUGUUUCCAAUUCCAUUUAAUUACUUUAUAUAUUUAUACUUAUCAUCCUAAUUAUUUGCAAAAUUUUAUUUAGAUAUUUUAUGCGUGAAAUGGCAAGUAUGUAUACAAUAAACAUUAACCAUCUUCAGUUCGCCUUUCGAAGAUUUAAAAGUGUACUUUUUAUUCCUUAUUCCACAUUUUCUUUCGGCGUUAUAUUUGUGAUAUUUUGUUUUCAAUUUGUUAUUUCGUUUAAUGGUUGAAACCAAGAUUCAGGAAAAUAAUUGUGAUACAAAGAUUUUAUGGGUUCAAUAAUCAACAUGUUUUUUGAGCAAACAUAUAUUUCUUGUUUUGUUCUUGAUUAUGUAAAAGUGUGAUUUUGACUUUGAAUCCAAGAGCUAUGAAAAUUGCGUAAAAAAAUGUGAUAUUACCAUUCACCAUUCACCAAUGAUCAAAUGAUAUAGGACUUUAAACUUAUUUUGAUGGUCAGUGGAAUAGCUGUUCUUAUCAUUUUGCAAAAAAUUGAAUUAUAUGUGUUUUAAAAUAUAGAAUCGUAGAUUAAAUAUAAUAUUAGAUAGGACAAUAGAUGUCGUCUUUUCAAGAUUUUGGGAUUUUUCGUGAACAACCCUGAGGCAGAAGCCCGAAUGAGUUAGGCGCAGACUGCGUAGAACAGACUCUCUCUGUCUUGUAAUUCUACGCCGACUCCGCACAACUCAUCUGGGCUUCUGUCUCAGGGUUAUUGUGAACGAAAACCCCCUAAAUCUUUAAAGACGACAUCUAGUGUCCUAUCUAUUAUUUUGAUUAAUCUAUGUAUAGAAUUAUUAAUUUUUAUGAUAAAUGUGAUACAACUUUCAAAAUGAUGUUUUCAGGAUUUCAAUCUAACUUUACAUGUUCUCUAUCUGUUUCUGGUGUUUGUUCUUGUGAUGUAAAAAUAAAUUGCGAUUUUAUGUGUUUUUAAAACAAAAUUCAUGCGUCGUUUAUAAAAUGUGAUUCAGCAACAAGUUCAUAGUUUUUUAUUGUAUUUAGAGUAAACCUUUAUUUAUUUGUGAUUUUUUCUUUUGAUAAUCUAUAAAAAAGAUAAGAGUAGGAUUAAUCAUUAUUACCUAAAUACUAAAUGUUAAGAUUAGAAAUGAAACAAUUCCAUCAGCGCUGACAAGGUGUCCAAGAUACUCUACUUCUACCUGAAAUAAAUGAGUUUUAUUUGCAUUUAGUCUAAUGCCCGCCUCCCUAUGGCCAUCGGACACUAAACCUAAUAAAUUUAUCAUUUUA